CUCCGAGCUGGCCAAAGAAGUUCGUACCCUUUGUGAGGCCCGGGAUGGGAGGCUCCAGCGCCGUAGGACUGAGGCAGACUCCACGGUGAGAAAGAGACCCGAUCUAACCCAGGCCUUUCAUCAGAGCCCAGGAGGAAAGGCAGGAAGUGGGACCACGAGGCCCGGGAGGCUUCUGAUUCGUCUGGCCAGGGAGAUCUGAAUUGGGGUGAAGAGCAGAAUCUCCAGAACAAGGAGGAGGUGGUGAUCAUGGAGACAGAUUUGGCUGAAAUGCCUGAGAAAAGAGCUCUGUCUUCCCAGGAUUCUCCCCAUUUCCAAGAGAAGAUCACAGAAGAGGGAGAAGUGGCUGCUCUGCACCUCACGGCCAGAUCCCAGGAAACGGUGACAUUCAAGGAUGUGGCCAUGGACUUUACACCAGAGGAGUGGGGGAAGCUGGAUCCUGCACAAAGGGAUGUGAUGCUGGAGAACUAUAGGAACCUGGUCUCACUUUGGCUUCCAGUUUCCAAACCUGAGAACCACAACUUGGAGCAUGGAAAAGAACCAUUGAAGCUUGAGAGAAAAGCCCCCAAAAGCAGCUAUUCAGACGUGGAGACUAGACCACAGAGCAAGGAUUCAACUUCAGUGCAAGAUUUUUCCAAAGCAGAAUCAUGCAAAGUUGCAAUAACAGACAGACUGACACGGAAUAGUGUCUAUGACUCCAACUUGGAAGCAGCCCUUGAAUGUGAAAAUUGGUUAGAGAAUCAGCAAGGAAAUCAGGAGAGACAUUUGAGAGAAAUGUUCACUCACAUGAAUCCACUCUCUGAGGAAACAGGCCAUGAGCAUGAUGUAUACUGGAAAAGCUUCAAUCAGAAAUCUGUCCUUAUCACCGAAGACAGAGUUCCUAAAGGAUCUUAUGCCUUCCAUACACUUGAAAAAAGCUUGAAACAAAAAUCAAACUUAAUGAAAAAGCAGAGAACUUAUAAAGAGAAAAAACCUCAUAAAUGUAAUGAUUGUGGUGAACUCUUCACCUACCAUUCAGUGCUUAUUCGACACCAGAGAGUCCAUACUGGAGAGAAACCCUAUACCUGCAAUGAAUGUGGGAAAUCUUUUAGCCAUAGAGCUAAUUUAACUAAACACCAGAGAACUCAUACUAGAAUUCUCUUUGAAUGCAGUGAAUGCAAGAAAACCUUCACAGAAAGCUCAUCCCUUGCAACACAUCAGAGAAUUCACGUUGGAGAGAGACCUUAUGAAUGCAAUGAAUGUGGGAAAGGUUUUAAUCGAAGUACACAUCUUGUGCAGCAUCAGUUGAUUCAUACUGGAGUGAAGCCUUAUGAAUGUAAUGAAUGUGAUAAAGCUUUUAUUCAUUCAUCAGCACUCAUUAAACAUCAAAGAACUCAUACUGGAGAGAAACCUUAUAAAUGUCAAGAAUGUGGGAAAGCCUUUAGCCAUUGCUCAUCCCUAACUAAGCAUCAGAGAGUUCAUACUGGAGAAAAGCCAUAUGAAUGCAGUGAAUGUGGAAAAACUUUUAGUCAGAGCACACAUCUUGUUCAACAUCAGAGAAUUCAUACUGGAGAGAAACCCUAUGAGUGUAAUGAAUGUGGGAAAACCUUCAGCCGGAGCUCCAAUUUUGCUAAACAUCAAAGAAUUCAUAUUGGAAAGAAACCGUACAAAUGUAGCGAGUGUGGAAAAGCCUUCAUUCAUUCAUCAGCUCUUAUUCAACAUCAGAGAACUCAUACCGGAGAGAAACCCUUUAGAUGUAAUGAGUGUGGGAAAAGCUUUAAGUGCAGUUCAUCUCUCAUCAGACAUCAAAGAAUUCACACUGAAGAGCAACCCUGAAAAAUUACUGAAUGUGAAGAAAUGUAAGUUGGUUUUGUCACUAUAUUAAAUACUUGAGUGUUUAGGUGGAAGGCUCAUCCAUAAUAUGCAUGUGAGGACCAAUUCUGUAUGCAUCUAAUUUCAUUUGUGUAAUACAUAGUUUUGAGCCAUAGGCAGGUUCCUUAUGUCCGUUAAUUUGAUAAUUACGAAAUCUAGCCAGCGAUUUCAAAAUUUUAAUCUCCAACCUCCCAAACAGCUAUUUGUGGAAAUUCAAGAAGUCCCUGAGAGUGGGUAGCAGUACAAACAUUGUGAAAUCCAGUUUUCCCCUUUCUUGGUUAUGUCAGAGCUUUGUUGUAAGCCUCUCGCUUUGCAAGGAAAUUCUUAUCAGGUAGGUUAGGCUGAGGGCUUACAUCCUUAUCAUCAGGAGGACACAAUGUUGUUAUUUAUUACUCUUUGAGUCCCAAGUAGAGAUCUAGAUACACAUAUGGUGUAAUUCCUGUAGAGUCUCAUUUCUUUUAUAUUAGCCAUAAAAACUAAAAAGGCUGAGUUGAAAGUCCUUAGAAUUCCCUUCCUCCCUCAACAAGCUGCUGUCUAAUUUGAUGACCAUAACUAGGAUGUAUAAUAUUUACAGACAAUUCUAAGUUAUGUUCACAUGGAUUAUGUUCAUCAUUGAUUUUGUUUUUUGUUUUUUGAGAUGGAGUCUUGCUCUGUUGCCCUGGCUGGAGUGCAGUGGCGUGAUCUUGGCUCACUGCAACCUCUGCCUCCUGGGUUCAUGCCAUUCUCCUGCCUCAGCCUCCUGGGUAGCUGGGACUACAGGCGCCCGCCACUAUGCCUGGCUAAUUUUGUUUGUAUUUUUAGUAGAGAUGGGGUUUCAUCAUGUUAGCCAGGAUGGUCUUGAUCUCCUGACCAAGUGAUCUGCCUGCCUCGGCCUCCCAAAGUGCUGGGAUUACAGGCAUGAGCCACUGUGUCUGGUGUCAUUAUUGAUUUAUAUCAUUGUUGUUCCUCUACUGCGGAGACCUUCUUUCAUUUUCCAUUUCCCUGGGAGUUUAUGUGAAGUAGUGAAUGGGUCAAAAUCUUAACAGUGGUUUUUGAUCAAGUCCCUCCUUUCUUAUCUUUGGCACUGAAUGAAUCCUUGGUUUUCUAUAAUCAAAGAGUCAGGGAGACUUCCUUUGUCUACAUUAUUCAGCUUUCUGUAAGCUAUGCUGUGUCCGUUUGAGAAAAAGCCCCAGGGAUAUUGAGGGUCUGAGAAGUUGAGUGGUUCAGUGUGUUAUUAUAUUUAGGGUCCCAGUAAAGAAGAACUGAAACAACUGUGAGACACCAAGGCAUACUUCCCUGUAUGAGUGGAAAACAGGUAUGGAAAAUAACUCACAGGAUAGUCCUCAACUGACUUCCUUGAGGAUAAGCAUCUUCCCCUCAUGAAGAAGUUGCCAUUUCUCUGCCUUCAUAUUUACCUACUUUUUGUUGUCAUCUCUAUUAGUUCAAUCUCACACUGCUAUAAAGAAAUGCUUGAGACUGAGUAACUUAUAAAGAAAAAAGGUUUAAUUGGCUCAUGGUUCUAUGGGCUGUACAGGAAGUAUGACUGGGGAGGUCUCAGGGAGCUUUUACUCAUGGCAAAAGGCAAAGCCAGAGCAGGUAUCUUCACAGGGCUGGAGCAGGAGGAAGAGAGAGAGGGGAGGUGCUACGCACUUUUUAUACAACCAAAUCUCAUGAGAACUCUAUCACGAGACAGCACUAGGGGAAUGGUGCUAAAUCAUUCAUGAGAAACUACCCACAUGGUCCAGUCACCUUGCACCAGGCCCCACAUCCAACAUUGGGGAUUACAAUUCAACAUGAGAUUUGGGUGGGGAUACAGAUCUAAACCAUAUCAUUUCUCAAAAAAAAAAAAAAAAAAAAGAAAAGAAAAGGCACAGGAAAAGGAACUCACCUCUUUUAUCAUCUUAGUCUUUAGUACUAAUGGUUUAGAGCAGGAAUUGACAAACUGUGGCCUGGACUCAUGGACCAACUCUGGCCCACCACCUGCUUCUCAGAGGAAAAUUUUGUUGGAACUCAGCCACAUUUACUCAUUUACAUGUUGUCCUUGACUGCUUUUGUGUCCAGUGUCAGAACUGAGUAGCUGCAGCAGAGGUUGUGCCUUUGGGCUUUAAUAUCACAAACAGAGCAGCUCAUAAACAACAGAAACUUCUCACAGUUUUGGAGGCUGGGAAGUCCAAGAUCAAGGUGUCAACAGAUUUAGGGAAGGUCUAAAUCUUGGUUAAUAGAAAGCAUCUUUCACUGUGUCUUCACAUGGUAGAAGGGGAGAGCUCUGGUAUCUUUAGCCCCUUAUAAGGGCACUAAUCCCAUUCAUGAGAGCUCAUGACCUAAUCACCUCCAAAAGGCCCCAUUUCAAAAUACCAUCAGUUAAGUUUCUUUUUUUUUUUUUUUUUUUCUUGAGACGGAGUCUCACUCUGUCGCCCAGGCUGGAGUGCAGUGGUGCAAUCUCGGCUCACUGCAAGCUCCACCUCCCGGGUUCACGCCAUUCUCCUGCCUCAGCCUCUCCGAGUAGCUGGGACUACAGGCGCCCGCCACCACGCCCGGCUAAUUUUUUGUAUUUUUUUUAGUAGCGACGGGGUUUCACCAUGGUCUCGAUCUCCUGACCUUGUGAUCCGCCCGCCUCGGCCUCCCAAAGUGCUGGGAUUACAAGCAUGAGCCACCGCGCCCGGCCUUAAGUUUCAUUAUAUGACUUUGGUGGGGAUGUAGCCCAUAGUAGAUUGUAUGUCCCCGAAAGCCUAAAAUAUUUACUAUUUGGCUAUUUACAGAAAAUAUUUGCUUGGCCCCUGUUCCAGAGCAUUCAUCAGGAAGUGGGAUAAAGGGUUUAAACCAGUCAGAGAAACUAGGUGGAAUGGAAAAGUUGAACUUACUGAGAGAUAAUUGGGGUCAGAAAAAUAAAAGAGAUGGAAAAUGAUGCAUCAAAAUACUCCUGCCUCUAGGAUGUUACUAUGUAUUGUCAGGAGAAUUCAAGUUAUUGAAACCUGCCAAAUUCUUGAGUGAAAAGAAAUUCAUUUGAGGACCAAAAUUUGACUAAGGAAAGAAGACCAACAUGGGCUUUCCAAAGUUGAGUUUGAAUUCUGCCACCCCAACUAAGCAGUCAUGUGACCUUGAAAAACUCCCUGCUCUGAGUCUCAGUUUCUUUAUCUGUAUUAGGUUUCAACAAAGGGAAUAAAUCAUUGGCUUCUCAUGAGGUUGUCAUAAGGAUUAAACAAGACAAUGCAUAUAAAAGAACUGGCAGACAAUAAAUACAGAGUCCCCCACUCCUGCUUGGUGCUCUCUUUCUCUCCUUCUCUACAUAGAGAAGUGCCAGAGCAUCCAUCAGUAGAAGUUACUUAAGGGUGGCUGUGUCUUCCACAUCUUUUGUUUACCCAUGAAGAACUGUGACCAUCCUGUUCUCUGGCUUAUCAUAAAGAUGGGACUUGACUUCUUUCUGCUCUUGCUUCCAUCUGGUGCUGUUUUCUGCACAGCCUCCUUGAGACCUUCCAGAACCUUCUUUUUUCCUAGUUCGUAUCACUUAACCAGUAGCUAUCUGGGAUGUUUCCAGAGGCUGAAGUUUGCAGUUGAAUAGCAUUUUAAAUAGUGCUAAGGGACUUGGUAUCUCUGGCCCUUUGCGUUUCAGUAUUUGUCCUUUUUAUGCCUGAUGUUUAACCUGCCACAUGUUUGUACUGCAACAUGAAUCUUGGAAAUUUUAAUGUUAUGCAUUUCAAAUGUUUUUGGUUAUCUGUAAACUAAAUGUGCCCUUAUUGGCUCACUUGUCAAUAAAGAUGUUUGUAUAUGUAUUGUCAGAAA